AUGACAGCGCCCGUCUCUACGCUGGCAAGCCAAAAGGUGCUGUUGGAUCGUGACACCCUCACUGAGGCGGAAAAGUGGCGAUAUGUGGUUGACAACACACUGAAGAAGGGGAGCCUUGGCUUCCUCACUGGUGCAGCUCUCUCCCUCGUUGUUUUUCGAUCGGUGCCGGUCCGAGUUGCGGCUACAGCAUUCGGGUGCGGUUUCGGCAUUGGGAAGUCUUAUAUCGACACACGUUAUAUUCUCGGUCACGAUGUGAGUGUUGAGACUGUGUGGACGGCAGAGGUGCUGCGGAAGGGGUUCCGCGGGUCCACUGGUGUGAGCGAUAGAGAAUCUUCCGGGAGUUAG